UGACUAGACUAAAAAAGUUUGUGUUUAGUCUUAACUUUAGUUAGAUCUAGAAUCUAUAUUAGGCUACUUAGUUUGAAGGCUCGAAGCUGCAUUUUUUAAAAUGGAUAUGGAUGAUAUAGAUUUUUGGACAUUUGAUACGCUUAAACCGCAUCAAAAUCAAGAGAUAUUGGAUCGACCUCAAAGUACAAUUUCGACGUUGCCAUCCGAAGACGGCGAAGAUGAAAUGAUAGAUCUAGAUCUAGAUCUAUAUGAAAAUGAGGAUUCUUACAAUUAUAACGAUGUAUGCGGUACCAUCAUUUCGGGUUGUUUUGCAGCGAAUAGUGGCUUAAAUAACGAAAGCAUCGUUAAUAAUCCUAAUGUGAAAUAUUGGGAGAAUCUUAAUGAAGUUAUUUCGAUUACAAAAUCAACAAAUGAUAUUGGCGUAAGCUUAGAUCUACAUGCCCAGGAUGACAAACUUGAAUCAAGUUCAGAGCAAUUGGAGAAAUAUGAAUUGAAAAAGGAGAAAAAUCGUCAGUCUGCUAAAAGAAGUAGAGAGAGAAAGAAAGAAGUACACGAAGCUCUUGUACAGAAAAAUACUCAGCUUAAAGAAGACAAUGCCAAGCUACGUACAGAAGUUGGAAAACUUGAAUUUCUUUUGGCCUCAUUGAAUGUUCGUUUAAGAAAUCUUAACUGUUGUAUUCAAGAACAGGGAGAUGACACUUUUUACGAAACUGGAGCAGCAAAAAAUGUAACUUGGACUCAGGAGGAUGAUGAAGCUGUCGAGCUUUCCUUCAAUAUUCCAGGGCUAAAUAGGAAAUAUCCAGCGGAAGAGACACAGUAUGAAUCACAGCCGAAUGUGUACACUUUAGCUUCCAAUUACAAUUAUUUUAAUGAGCAAACAAAUGUUGACCGAUGUGCUGCUUCUAAAAUGCUUCAAGGGUAAAAUAGGCCUAUAUUUGAAAGAAAUUGAAAGGACUAUGUUAUUAUUGUUUAAAUUAUCCAUAGCGACGUGUCGGGGGACCUUAAAAAAGUUCCCCAAAAUUUGUAAAACAAACGUGUUUUAGAAGUCAUAUAUGGUACACGUUAUAAAUUAAGCUAGAAAAUUUAUUUAAAAUACGAAAUCCAAAUCUUUAUUAGCAUUUUGAGAUGCAUUAUCUGAUACAUGUGCAUUUCCAUUGUGACCCAAAGUGAGAAAAGGUCUCUAAGUAUUUGCUGGUUUUUUUUUUUGUAGACUAAAGGCAGUUUUUCUUUGUGCUAGACACAUGACAACCUUUAACAUUGUCCAUAGAAACAGAUGACCUUUACAUGAUCUGUCCUGUAGAUCAAUGGAUUAUGGGCACGACAUGUGCCAAAAACCAAAAAUAUCCUGUAGAUCACAAGGUCUGAAAAGGUGAAGGUGUAGCCUACUUUAUUUUGAUUGAACUAAGUUACCCUAGAAAGUAAUAAUUAAUAGUUUUGAGAAUGUUAGGUGUCAUUCAAACUUUUUUAUGAGCAAUUCUGAGAAAAAAAUCAAAACAUUAAUUUCUUUAUCAACUAAGUUGUUUUACAGCAACUCAUUUAUUAAUCAUAUAAAAGCUUUUAGGACAUUUGCACCCCACCAAUUUUCAUUUUAAAUCCUACAAUUUAUGGUAACCUUUUAUUAAGUUGGGUCACAGCUCAUGUAAGGAUUUUGUAUUGUGCACUUAUUAUGGCAUUUUCUAGAAGAUCUUGUUAAAUUUUUUAUUCAUAGUUUGGGUUCUCAUCCGUAUAUGAUUCCAAAAACAACGUUGAAACUUCACUUGACCAUCUAGGUUUUAGAUGCAUAGAGUCAUGAUGAUGGAAUGCAUAAUUUAUUUUAUGCUUAUUUUUAUAGUGAGUCCCCACGGUAAGAUGGGGUUAGGGAAGCAGAAAGUCUGUUGUUAAACAUGUUGCUAAGUAUGGCCCCAGAUUUUGUUUGGGUAAUGAUCAUUUUUAAAUUGUGCACAUAGCUUCGGAACAAGACAGCUGGAGGUCACUUACAAAGACCACGGGAUAUACAUUUGAAACCAAAAGAAAAUUCGCUGCCGAGGACAGACAUAGAAAGCGAGAAAAAGAAUCUUAAUCGACCACUGUUGGCCGAUGGUUAUGCUUGCGCUAGAUGUGGCAAAAUAUGUAGAUCGCAGCUGGGGCUGCGUAGCCACGGGAAAUUCUGCAUUCCUCAUUGAUUUUCUUUUUCUAAGACAAGUCUUAUUAUUAUUAUUUAGUAACUUUGUUUUUGUUUUUCAGUACUCUAUACACUUAAAGGAGGUGUGGUGGCUGAGUGGUAAAGCACUUGGCUUCUGAACUAAGAGGUCCUGGGUUCAAAUCCUGGUGAAUGGAAUUUUUAAUCCUGGGAUUUUUUAGGGCGCCUCGGAGUCCACCCAGCUCUAAUAGGCACCUGACAAUAGUUUGGGGAAAAGUAAAGGCGGUUGGUUGUUGUGCUGGCCAUAUGACACCCUCGUAACUGUGGGCCACAGAAACAGAUGACCUUUACAUCAUCUGCCCCAUAGAUUGAAAGGUCUAAAAGGGGGAUCUUUUUUUUUCUUUUAUAUACACUUGAAAGUGCAUAUAGCAUUUCUUGUGAAAAAAAAAACUAAAAAGUUUACAUGUGGAUGUACGAUGUGAGAAAGAGAUGAUGUUGCUGACAUGAACUGUCUCAGCCCAGCUUAUCGUACAUAAAAAAAAACACUGCUCUGUACAUGGCGCGAAAUUUUAAAAUAUUGUUCAGACAUCUGUUGUAAAAAAAACCCACUCAUUUGGGGGUCCAGGGGGAUUUUCAAAUUCUCACCCUCCCUCCCCAACCCUUAGCUACACCAUUGUAUCAUGUGUACAAUUUUAUCUAUAGUUCGU